AUGGGGCUGCUGUCGCACCGGGUGGAGCGGUCGGAGCUGAAGCCCGGCGACCACAUCUACACAUGGCGCGCCGCCUACUCUUACUCCCACCACGGUAUUUACGUCGGUGGUAGCAAGGUGGUCCACUUCACAACGAAGAAAGAGGCGGGAACGGCGGGCCUGGACUCCGCCGUGGCCAUGUCCAGCCUCAUCUCCGGCGGCUCCCCGGAGUGCCCGACCUUCCCAGACUGCGGCUUCCAGCUCCCGGAAAGCGGCGUCAUCCUCACCUGCCUCGACUGCUUCCUCCGCGAGGGCUCCCUCCACGGCUUCGAGUACGGCGUGCCACCCGCCGUCUUCCUCGCCAAGCUCCGCGGCGGCACCUGCACCACCGCCGCGUCCGACCCGCCGGACGCCGUGGUGCAUCGGGCAAUGUACCUCCUCCAGAACGGGUUCGGCAGCUACGACGUGUUCGAGAACAACUGCGAGGACUUCGCGCUCUACUGCAAGACCGGGCUGAUCCUGCCGUCCGAGGCGGGCAUCGGGAGGAGCGGCCAGGCGGCCUCCGCCGUAGGCGUGCCCCUGGCGGCGCUCUUCUCGACCCCGUUCAGGCUCAUGUCAGGCGGCCCGCUGGGCAUGUUCGCCGUCACGGCGGGGAUGUACUGCGCCGGCAGGUACAUCACCGACAUCGGCGUGAGGAAGGAUGUUGUGAAGAUCGAGGUGGAGAAACUGUCGGCGCAUCUCGGCUGGCGCCGCGCCAAGGCCGAGGAAGAGUCGGUGAAGAAACAGCAGCAGCCCGGUAAAGUUGUGGUGACGAGGCUGCUGCCGUUGAAGAGGAAACGUGGCUGUGAUUUACAAUUGCAGCCUGUGAAAUGAUCAGGAGCUACUAGCGGCUAUUGUGCUCCUUUGAGUUUGGUCCGUGUCGAUAGUUUGGAGUUUCUACUUUGCAGAAAUAAGCCAAUAAGGCCAAAUAGUAUAGUAUAUAGAUAUCGAAGGGUGAAGUGUGCUUUGAUAUAGUUAAGAAAUUUUACUUUUUGCAUCAUCACCUCAUAUUGUCAAUGAGUUUGCAUAG